GGCAGCUGUCCCGGUGCAGGAGUCGCUGGUUAAAAAGGAAAAGGAGAAGAAAAGGCAGCCUGCGUUUGAAAGGGAAAAUGCAGCCUUUACAUAGCUGCCAGCAUGUCAGACCGUUUAAACAAAGAAAGAGUUUUGCAACCCGGGUUGAAGAAGUUGCAGGCAUACGAGGGAAAUUCCCAACAAAAGUCCCGGUUAUUGUUGAAAGGUACCAGAAAGAAAAGUACCUUCCCCUGCUAGACAAAACCAAGUUUCUUGUGCCUCAGGAGCUGACCAUGACUCAGUUUAUAACUAUCAUCAGAAGCAGAAUGGCGCUGAGUUCUACACAAGCUUUCUAUAUGCUGGUAAACAACAAGAGUUUAGCAAGCAUGUCUCUAACACUGGCAGAAGUCUACAAGAAUUACAAAGAUGAAGAUGGGUUUGUUUACAUGACUUAUGCAUCCCAAGAAAUGUUUGGAGGCCUCUUAGCCCCUGGCAAGGGGAAAUGUAAGGAAUGUCUCCAGAAAACAUAAGUGUUCUCUCCGGUGACAGCUAUGUGGCUAGAAAGCUCAGCUGUGAAUCAUGCGAGCUACCUGAAAAUGAAAGGUGCUCUCUCUGAAUGUGGGCUCCUCUCGAAGGAUUCAUGGUCCAGGAGUUGGCAGGACCCAACCAAAGAACCAUGCGAUGGAACAAGCCAUCCUAAAUGAGUGACACGGACAAGUAUUUUGUAUUUCGCUCCUUUCCUGCCAAAAAUAAAGGUAGCAGGGGGUGCACUUCGGUGUUUAAAAUAAUAAUAAUAAUAAUAAAUGAUGUAACUGCUUUUAAAGGUGGUGGUAAAACCGCCACUGGAAUACUUGCUUGCUUCCAACUGUGGUUGCAUCUCUGGUCCAAAAACAGGUAUUUCUGGAUGGUCAGCAAACAGCUCCUCUAAAUGAGUAACUGUGGUCAUUUUUGAAAUCAGUGCAAAUCUAUGGCUAUGUCAUCAUCAUCUUCGAAGGGGCACACACAUGCACCAAAGGAAGAAGCAUACAAGUACAGAGAAUGCCCCCCCCCGGGUAAGACUGGUGAAAAAUAAAGGGAUUUUUAAAACCAGGUCACAUGGCCUGGGUAGGAAUGAUCUGCUUAGCAGCUAAGAAUAAUGUAUGCACUAAAGAUUUUACAAACUGUUUCAGAGUUACUGUAGCACUCUUUUGAUUCUAAUCGGUAGUGUUGAGCACUGCAAAACACAGAGACAUAGCUGGCUUUUCUAUGCCCCUGCUCUUGUCUACAUAUACAUCCAGGAGGAAUACCCUUAAGGAUGGAUUUACAUGAUACUACACACACAAUGGGGCGCGGGUGGCGCUGUGGUCUAAACCACAGAGCCUAGGGCUUGCCGAUCAGAAGGUCGGCGGUUCGAAUCCCCGCAACAGGGUGAGCUCCUGUUGUUCGGUCCCAGCUCCUGUCCACCUAGCAGUUCGAAAGCACGUCAAAGUGCAAGUAGAUAAAUAGGUACCACUCCAGCGGGAAGGUAAAUUGCAUUUCUGUGCGCUGCUCUGGUUCGCUAGAAGCCGCUUAGUCAUGCUGGCCACAUGACCCGGAAGCUUUCUGCAGACAAACGCUAGCUCCCUUGGCCUAUAGAGCGAGAUGAGCGCCGCAACCCCAGAGUUGUCCGCGACUGGACCUAACGGUCAGGGGUACCUUUACCUUUACACUCACACAAAUCCAUGUGGAAGUGAGUUUUAUUGAAAGGGCUGAGGCAAUGGCAUGUAAGGGCCUCUUUCAGGCAACACUGCUGCACAUGGAUCCCACUGCACAGUGCUUGUAAAAAAAAAUCAGAAGUUGGUAGGGUGGAAUAGGGCUCUGGCUAAGUAGGGAGUUCAGGAGCACAGCUCUCCAAAUGGAGAUAUGAUCAGUAUGUGAAUAUUUACUGUGCCAUCUUGUGGCUGUUUAAAUUGAGGGGUGGGGGACAGGAGUCUUAACUAACAUUGGAGCUGAGGCAGCAAUCCUUGAAGCUCCAACAGUAGUUUUAUCAUGAGGCUGUGUUCUUGCCUUUUGAACUCUGCGCUGAGCUUUCUAUAUUUGGGUUUAAGAUAAGAUUGCUGCAUAAAAAGGGCACCCUGUUAAAAACAUGACUCCUGUUCGUAGCUCACAAAGUGCAAGGCAAUUAGAAGCUCCUUGGUCCUUAAACCCUGUUGCUAAACUUAAUCGCCUGAGCCUCUUGUGUCAUGUUUAAGAUGGCCGCCUGUAUCUCAGGGGACCUUCGCUGACUUGGGGACUCUCUUGAGUUGAAAGGUCCUAGUCUCGCCUAAGCCAGGUGUCUUUGA